UGGAAGCUAGACCCGCCGGCCGGCUAAGCAGCGGGGAGCGAGCUGCCCCGGGGGAGUCGGGCGCUCGGAACGGCCGCGGGGGGCUUCUCCACGCGGCUCGGUCUUUCCCGGGAGGGAGCGAUGGGGCGCGCGGGCUCCGGGGAGCUGGCGCCGGUAUAGACCGCGCGGCGCCCGGUUCGGGAGCGCGGGGAGGCCUGUGAGGGCCACCGCCCCGAGCGCCCGGCCUCCCGCCAUGGCCCCCAUGGGCAUCCGCCUGUCCCCGCUGGGGGUGGCCGUGUUCUGCCUGCUGGGGCUCGGCGUGCUCUACCACCUCUACUCGGGCUUCCUGGCCGGCCGCUUCAGCCUCUUCGGCCUGGGCGGCGAGCCGGGCGGCGGGGCGGCGGGGCCCGCGGCCUCGGCCGACGGGGGCACGGUGGACCUGCGCGAGAUGCUGGCCGUGUCGGUGCUGGCGGCGGUGCGCGGCGGCGAGGAGGUGCGGCGCGUACGCGAGAGCAACGUCCUCCACGAGAAGUCCAAGGGGAAGACGCGCGAAGGGGCGGACGACAAGAUGACCAGUGGGGACGUGUUGUCCAACCGCAAGAUGUUCUACCUGCUCAAGACCGCCUUCCCCAGCGUGCAGAUCAAUACGGAGGAACAUGUGGAUGCAGCUGAUCAAGAGGUGAUCUUGUGGGAUCGGAAGAUUCCUGAGGACAUCCUAAAGGAAAUAGCCACUCCCCAGGAGGUGCCAGCAGAGAGCGUCACGGUCUGGAUUGACCCACUGGAUGCCACACAGGAAUACACUGAGGAUCUUCGGAAGUAUGUUACUACUAUGGUGUGUGUGGCUGUAAAUGGUAAACCUGUGCUAGGAGUAAUACAUAAACCAUUUUCUGAAUAUACAGCCUGGGCGAUGGUAGACGGUGGGGCAAAUGUGAAAGCCCGCACUUCUUACAAUGAGAAGACCCCAAGGAUUGUCGUGUCUCGCUCGCAUUCAGGAAUGGUCAAACAGGUUGCUCUUCAGACUUUCGGAAACCAGACUACGAUCAUCCCAGCGGGUGGUGCUGGUUAUAAAGUUUUAGCACUCUUGGAUGUGCCUGAUAAGAGUCAAGAAAAAGCUGACCUAUAUAUCCAUGUGACAUACAUCAAAAAGUGGGAUAUCUGUGCUGGCAACGCCAUCUUGAAAGCCCUCGGGGGGCACAUGACCACCCUGAGUGGUGAAGAAAUUAGCUACACUGGUUCCGACGGCAUUGAAGGGGGGCUCCUGGCCAGCAUCAGGAUGAACCACCAGGCUCUGGUCAGAAAGCUCCCGGAUCUGGAGAAGACAGGACAUAAGUAAGCCAAGAUGACGACAGGUCACAGCCCCCCCAGAGCUGAACGGUCGGCCUGACGUGCUGAGGCUUCAAAGUAGCAGUGGAGACUAUGCAUGGUUUAGGCCAUCCCGAACUUUGUAAAGUAUUUAUGAAGCAUCUGAGACUUCUUUUCCCUGUAAUAGGAUGCAGGAUCAGGGAGAAUGGGUUGCUUCAUGUCUCAAGUAUUGUCUUUAUUUUUGAGACUAUUUUCGUACGGUUGUCAUACACAAGGCGCAUAUAUAUAUAUUUGUGAAUUAAAAUCUAUAGCUGAGUCUACAUUGUUAUGAGUCACCAUUUUCACACAGUAUCAUGAAUCUUCAGUUUGUUAAUACUUUCAUAUAGAAUUGGGCUGAAGAAAGGAUUGUUUUAUGUAGGUGUUUAAUACUACUAUACAGUUGUAUCUCAUUGAAAAUAAAAUAAUUAGGGGUUUUUCCCCCUAAUUCAGAUAGAAAGCACAAGAAGCUGCAAAUUCAUUAAUAUGCAACAGAUUCUCUGUUACUGAAUAUUUCUUAUGGAUUAAAAUAGAAAAAGCUCAAAUUGUUUUUUUUCUUUGAAAUUUUAAUAACAGGUUCACCAGCUAGUAGAGAAUAUGACAGUUGCAUUGUAAUUUCUGUGUGUGUGUAUAUUCUGUUUCGUUUUGGUUUGUUUUUAUAAAGAGACGUGUGUUUGUACCUAUGGGUUCAACAUUUCUGCCAUCUUGCUGAUCAGUUUCACUUGCCCUGUGGACGGUGCAUGGUUCUGUCCUUUCCCUCCUGACCCACAUUUAAUCUUUAAUGUCUAAGGUUUGGAUUAAGGUUUCAGGGUUUAACAUUAGAAUUUUGGUACUUUUUCUCAUUAGGGGUAAAAUAUGCUAUAAGGCAUUAUAAAAAUAUAAUGUUAUUCUGUUAUUAACUGAAAGUUAUUUGAAGUUACAUGAAUUGAACCAGCCUUCAUUAUUUUUAAAAACCUUGUUUUAGUACUUUUUAAAAAAUUUGCCAUGUCUGUAGAGAUUCCCUCAUUAUCAAGAGUGAGUUAAGGUGGCUUUUGCCAUUAAUAAAUGGAUCUAAUCUAACCAAGCUCUCAAAGUAGUAACCUGAGAUACUUUGUAUUUCCCUUUGGGUGAAAAAAAUGAAGAUUGAACUUUUUGAUGAGUUUUUUUCCUAUUCAGGUGUGCACAAUCUGGUUGGAAAAGGUUGUGACAUAUUUCCAGUAUCACUGUAAUUCAAGCUUUGUUUUGUGAGCCAUCUCUCAUUGGGAUGUCUGAUUUCUCUCAGCAUGAUCAGAAACUUCACCUCAACAGUACCAUCAUUUCACAUGACCCUGCCAUGAUUUUGUUCCAUAACACACUGAUAAGGAGAGGGAUUUCUUAGGGUUUCAUGGCUUCCUUUUUUCUUCUUGUCUCUCUCUCUCUAACCCUAGAUCAGUUUUUAACCCUUGAUCAAUUUUCCGUUUAUUUUCUUGUCUUGGAGAUAAAGUUGACCGAAGGCAGGGCAGGCGUCCUCACCUGGUGGAAUGUGCUUACAACUUUAGGCUUGCAGAUCAUGCUGUCUGAGGUCCUCACUCCUUGUUGGGGAAUUGGCCCGAGUGUGACACACACAUUACCUUUACCCAGUCUCUAGUCCUGCAGGGCAGUGGGCCUCAAUAGCUAGGGUUUUAUUCAUCAGAAUUCAUUACAAGUUUUAGUAGUUGAAAUACCUGGUAUUUAACCAGGACUUUUAGGAAUUCUGAGCCAAGUGUUAGAGGCUUCAUCUUUUUACUUUGCAAUGAGAUGAAGAAAUCUUUUUCCUCAGGAGAGAUGGCAGAAGCAUAUGCUAUUUCCAGAGUCCUGUGGUAUAAGUGUUUGUUCUAAUUGUGAUGUGUCAAACUUCGGGGAAAGAGACUAGCAUAUUAGGAAAUGGGACUAGUUCAUAUUAGCAGGCAUGGUGUUUUGGCUUUAGUUUUUAAUUUUAUUAAGCCACACAUAGAUAAUGACUUUGUGGAGAGCUUGUGUCACGUGCAAAAACUAGGAUACUGGCUGACAAAUGCAUUAUUUUUGCGAUUUGUUGAGUAUAGCAUAGUACUAAUGGUUUUAAGUGCUUUUAUAAGAAGUUCAUUUUAAAACAUUUUGUUUCUAAAAGUCAGUAUACAUUACAGAACUAAUAUAAGUUCAAAGAACAGUAUUUAUUUUAUUUAUGUAGGACAUUGUGCCAGGACACAGCAGUGAGAAAACCUUCUUGUGUGAGACAGAUGAUAUCUCCCAUAAAUACAAGUAUUUCUAAAAUGUUUACUCUUAAUGACUCUCACGUACCCAACACCUGAUCUCCCUUUCCCUCGUCUUUGCCCUUACUUAGAGGACAGUUUUCCAUUAAAAUUGAGUUUUCUGCAUCAGUUAGUAAAAAUAGCACCAAUAACCUUAAGAUCCAUCAGCUGUCGCCUUCCUCUGCCCCUCUUUCUCUCCACCUUGUUCCAUGUCUCCCCAACUUGUUAAUAUAUGUUAUCUUAUUUCUGCUUCUCUUUGUUAACCAAUAUACCCUUCCCCAACACUUAACCCUGAUAUUCUCUCAUAGACCUGUGUCUCUGUGAUUGGCUGCUGAAAUCUUAGGGCAGAACUGAGACUAGAAUUCCAGUGGGAGAGAUUAAUACUGACAGAGCCCAAGUUGACUAUUACUUUUCAAAGACUCCUCAAAAAGUAAAGGAAAGUCACUUUUAAAACCACAGAGUAACUGUCAAGAAUAACCCAAGGCUUCUGUCUUAAGCCUUUCUGACCCAUCCUUCAAAGAAUCAAAGUGCAGAAAAUACAAGCGCGUUACCUGCUGGAGAAAGCUUGCUAUCUAUUAGUUUUCAUAAUUGAUCCCUACUUCAGUUGGGAUCGUAAGGACCUACAAGACAGGUCCUAUUUAUCUUUGUUAUUCAGUUGUCCCCUUUCCCCAAUUUUAGUGUUUUUCUUUGAAUCUAAAUACUGAGUUGUUUAUGGCCAUAUAAUGAAGUAACAAGCUUCAUGUGGUUUGUGUGCUUUAAGUAGCAGUUGUGCAGAUUCUUCCUGUUUGCUGGGUGCUUCCUUUCAAUAUUGUGCAAAUUGAGUCGUGGCGGUGGCUGAGGAAAGAGUGGGAGGAGGAAAGGCCUGGGGGAAGGGGGAUGCCAGGCAAGCCCUAGCCCUGUCUCAGGGUGUUUAAUUCAGAAAUCAGAUUUGACUCAGGCUUUGCAGGUGAUGACUGUCUUCCAUUGCCCAACGUAAGUAAAGAAAGCUGGCAUGCCACCCCCUCCCUAUUCCUCAGAAAAGAAAGUACCCAACUUGCCUCUCCUUGAUAACAGCUUGAAAAUAGCUUUCUGGAGACAAUCUUAAGCAGGUUUAAAACGGGAACUAUUUAGAAUCUAGCCACAACCACUCACUCACCUUGGCUGUGUGUCGAUUGGUUGUGAAUAGAAGCAAUGAUUUGGUUUAAUUUAAGACUUACUUGUUUUUAGCAUAUGCCUAAAAAUGUCUGCCUUGUAACUGUUGUGUAAAAUAAAUUGAUGGUUUCAUUUUUAUUCUAAAAAAAAGUUGUGCCUUAACAAUAGGGCAUUGUAUGUUAAUAAGGGAAAACAAAAAAUUUUUUUUAGUAGAUGGGGAAAACAGUAACUUUUGCCAUUAAAAUUUAAGUUCUUUUCAUGUUUUUAAUAUUAGA